UUAUUCAACUGAUCCUGCUGUGGUUAGGUGGAUCAUCUUCUAGCCGACCAUUGUGUGCCUUACAUCGUUUGCAACAAGAGCUUUGCCACAAAAAUGGUGCCAUUUAUUUGAGAGCACGGAAAAAAAUAUUUUAAUUCGUAUCGUUUCUUUUUUUUUAAGUGCAACUCCGUCCACAGAAUGAAGUGUGUAAUUGUGCUUUCUUUAGUGCUCUCUAUCGAGUUGAUGUUCAUAGCCCCGAGUACCGGAGAAAUACUUAAGCAAGAUCCGGAUGAUCCGGCCACCUCCGACGAAGAUGACCUUCCCCAAGGUCGAGGUCCUGCAACGUUUCCUGCGAUUGAUUCCGACGCGGCCGACACGGCAGUUACGGAGGAAGCACUGUCAGCCUACGAGAUCCAUCGGCAGCAGCUGCUAGAACAUCCCGACCGUUUCGAUGAGGAGGAUCUGAAACCGCUGCGCGAAACACACAUUAACGUGCUGCACGAAGCGAUCGAUGCGAAACUGAUCGAUCAAAGCUUUAUCCGCACGCUGGGGUCCGUGUCGGAACCGCCCAAGGUACACGACGCCACCCGGGACACACUUUCGAUACGGUCCAUCGUCGAGGAUGUGAACUUUACGCACGGCGAUCGGGUACUGCGCUGGAAGACGAUGAGCGCGACCAACGUCGAACGGCACGUUGUCGUGGGUUUAACGGCGUCCAGCUUGGUGGUGUUGCUCGAGCGUGCGGGACAGUAUGAGCUCAGUCAGGAGCUGGUGCUUGAAUCGGCACCGAUUGCCUUCGAGGUGCUUAACUUUUGGGACACGGAGCGUGCGACAGCGGUCGGCUGUGUGCUGAUAUCGAUGGGCAAUUUCCUCGUGUGGUACACCAUGCGUGAGCAGGCGGAAUACCGGCUGGAAGAGGAAUGGCGCUGGCCGCUUCACAAAACCAUAACGCAAAUUAAGUUCUUCCGCCAGAAGGAGGUCGAUGCACUGCUGCUAGUAGGACGCCACCCGAACCGGCACGAGUCCGUUUCGGCGACGGUGUACGAAUUUUCGUUCAACGAUCGGCAGUUCUGGUUGAUGCAAAAGAUUGGCCUUAAGUAUCCCUGCCCAUCGGUGGGACUUGUGUCGGCUGGCGAAGAGUACUUGGUCGCGUUCCCCCAGAACACUACCGUGGAAAUGUACACAUUUCGAGUGGGUGAUCAGAAUCGGCGAAAGUUUAAACCGGUCGGCAACUACACCUCGGAAGCGCUACGAUCGGUGUACGCAUUUCAAAUUGGCCGUUACUCGUACGUGGCAAUCAGCGGUAAAACACCGGCCGUUCUGCGAUACAAACGGGGCAAGUUCUACGAGCAGAAAAUCCCUACCGAAUCGCUUGAAAUUGUGGAAGCGUUCUUUGAGAUACCGGCCCGAACGUACCGGGACGAUAUGAUUCUCCUGGUGCAGCAUCGUAUGAUCUUUGCGACGCACGAAAUUCAGCGGCUGGAAGCGCUCGUCUGGAACGGGGUAUCGUUCGACCUGGCCACCAACAUACCUUGCAUGGUCGAGAACGAGGUGAUUGACAAUGAGGUUAGCUGCAUGCUGGACGUGGACCGUACGGACGGUUUGUUCGGUGCAGCGAACGUGCAGCGUGGAAAAUCGAUCUCCAUCGUUGUGCCCCGGCAUGAGGCACACUCAAGCUUGUAUCAUCUAUCGAUCGAAUUGCUCUCGGGCGAACAUCCAAUUUUAAUGAAAAUUCAGGAAAUUAAAGAAACCAUGGAUGCAUUCACGAAAAUCAUCGACUAUCAGAACGCCGUCAUUGAGCAGGCCCAAUCUUACGUAGAUCUGAUGGAAAGUGAUCCUGUUGUACUGAAGCGACAAAAUCUGAGCACGCUGGACAGUCCUAUGAUAAAGUUUGCGGAUGAUUACGAUCUGUCCACAGCACAGAUAACUAUUGGUCAAAAUAGCUGGCGAGCGGCGGACUUUGAAGCGGACCUAGCAGCUACCGUUAAGACGGUACAGGACGUUGAGCUGAGCGUUGAUGCAAUGCUGACCGAGUUGCAGUACAGCGUACGUCGCGAUACCCGCUCCCAUGAUCUGCAAAUCAACGGUACGGUACAGGUGACGGGAAAGCUGUACGUGGAUGGAGCCUUACAUGCAGACGAUAUGUACAUUCAAAGAUUCGAACAACCAAGAAACAUUGAGGACCAUCUGCUUCGGUUUGGCCGUGCCGUGGGUGAUCAAACGUCGACCGCGCAAGAGCUACACGUUAAGGAGCUGAGCGUUGAGCAACUUCAUUUCGACCACUUUAAUGGUAUUCCGGCUGAGGAGUUGGUGUACAAUGUUGACGGGAGGGUGCAUCUCGACGGGGAACUGGUCGUCGGCGGUGAUCUCUACACCAACAGUGUACUCCUGCCCGACGGUGGAACGGUCAAUGGAAUCGAUUUAAGCGAAUCGUUGAUCUAUUUCAACUGUAAAAAUAGACGUUGGAAAAAUCUAACCCUAGACUCGCUGGAAGUUAUGGACAAUGUGCAUGUGGCGAACAAAGUAAAUGGUGUUCAAAUAAAUCUCCACGAAGCGGAAAGCUCGCUACGCAAAGCAAUCGAUGAGCAUGGGCGUGUGUUGCGUGCCAAGUCCUUGCAAAUAGAUGGAGAUCUUAGCUUCGAGCGCAUUAACGGAGUUCCUUGGAAGACGUUUUUCAAUGGGCUUGUCUUUAAGAACCGACCGAUGCGACUACGACAUCUUCAUGUUGAUGGGAACGUUACAUUCGGCAGCCAAACAACGGUCCAGUUUCUGAACAAAUUACGCUUCCCGGAAGAUUACGUGCUACGCACGGGACCCCGCGAAUCGAUCAUAACGGGCCAGAAACAUUUCCUAGGAUCGCUAACAAUGGAUGCCCUCGACAUCGACGGUUUCGUGAACGGUAUCAAUCCGUUCGACUUCAUCACCCUACACGACGAUCAGUACAUCCCGGGCAAUGUGUCGUUCGAUUUGCUAGAAAUCGAGGAGUCGCUCGAUGUUCGUGGUGCCGUACAUGGCAAGCAUAUGGACAAAUUUCUGGACAACCCCUCACUGCUCCAAACCACACUCCUAAACGCUGCCUGUGAGUUCAACGAAGUUAUCGUCCAAGGGUCCAUCUUUGUCGAUCAGCUCGAUGGAUACGAUCUGGAUCACUUCCUGCAGAGCGUUGUGUAUGUCGACGAACCGUACGUCGAAAUUAACGCAUCGAAACACUACCGCAAUCUACAGUUUUACGAACCCAUCCGGAUAGAGUCGAACAUGAUUGGGGAGAUACACCUGGAUGAGCUGCUGACCAAGAGCACGGAUCAAACGGUUAACAUAAGCCUGGUGAUGGGUAAUGUGUUUUUUAACCGCGCACAGAUUGACGGACUGUUUGGCGGCAUUAAUGUGACCGAGUGGGACACCAACUCGAUCAAGCUGUUCGGUGAUCAACACACGCAAGCGACACUAGAGUUCUGCCCUCAGUAUUCUUUGCUGUACGCAAAGAACCUGGAGAUCAUGGGAACCCUCAACGGUCAGCCACGUGCCGAGUUCUACGAGCUGGAUGAGGAAAUUGUGUUCCGCGAUCAGUCGGUACACGUGAGCGACCUGUACGCAAGUUACCUUACGCUGACAGAGAGUUUGAUCGAUGGUCCAUCGAAGAUGCUGAACAGCGUGCAUCUUCCAACAUUUGAUGCGUACCGGUUCAGCUUAAGUCAACCGCAGACGUUCAAUUAUGACGUGAUGAUCGACACACUGUACGUUGGAAAGUCGUUUGCGGCGCGCUAUCUGAACGGGUUGGAUGUUGUGGAGUUGCAGGAAAACGUGGAAACUUAUCUGAACGAUGAUUACAUGCUUAGCGGAAAGCAUGUGAUCGAUACGCUGCAUAUCGAUGGUAACGUUGAAAUCGGUAUGCUAAAUGGAAUAGAUUUUGUAAAGUUUCUUCACAACGUUAUAUGGCUGGAUCAACCGAACUCCGUACCAAGCACCUUACACUUCCUUCAGCCGUUGUACGUCGAAGGAGAUGUGUCGGUUGCUGGAACUUUAAAUGAGAUACCACUGGCCGCAUUUUUAGACAACGUCGUGUACAAGAACGAUGCUGGAACGGUGGUGGAGUUUACCGGAUCCAAGCUAUUCACACAAGGGUUCGAUGUGGUGGGCGAUCUAAACGCACCCACCAUCAACAACGUCCCUGUGAAAGACUUCAUACUGAAAAAUGAAUCCAUCAUCUUCCCCGGGCACGUGGUAACGCUGGGCCGUGUGUACGUUAAGGAAAUGAUUGUGACGGGAAGCAUCAACGGGAAAUCAUUUAAACCAAUCGAAGCGUAUUACGCGUACAGUAACGCCACCGACACGCACAUCAUUAAGGGUGAUCUGCACCUGCAAGGACAUCAGAUGAUCCACAAUCUGGAAGCGCUCGGUGGCUGGAACGAGCUGAUGAAUGUGAGCCAAAAGCUUGCGUCGCUCGUGCGGACCAACCAGGACUACUACUUCAAGGGUCAUUAUGUGCUGCAGGAGGAUGUUCACUUCCAGCACGGAUUCACGGUCGAUUUCAUCAACGGCUACAACAUGACGAAUGUGCGGGAAGAAAUCGUGUACUACGAUCAGCAGGAACCGAUCGUUUUUACCGAACCGGUAGAAUUUCAUGCUAAUGUGUGGGGUGGAUCCGUACGAGUUGAGCAGGAUUUGAUAGGCAAAAAUCUGAUGGGAAUCGAUCCCGAUGAACUUGCGAAGCAAACAUUGCUGGUCAACAAGGAUUAUGAAAUAUUCGAUAAGAUGGUGUUUCUUCCGGGAGCAUUCAAAUGUGACCAUCUUGCGGCAACCCACAUCAACGGUGUACCGACGAGUGCCCUGAUCACACUGCACACGGAACAAACGAUCGAGCAUCCGGUGUACGUCAAACAAAUCGUUGUCCAACAUCCGCUCCAGGUGGAAGGACUUGUCAACGGACGGGAUCUUCGUGUGGAGCGUCAAAAUACAGUCAUGCGUUACGGUGAACAAACGAUAGAAGCAUCUUCAGUGUUUAACACGAUCCGUGUACUGAACGGUGCCACCUUACCGAAGAUUCUGAACGGCGCGCCGUUUGGUGACCCGGUACAGCUCACCGACGACAUGACCAUCUCGUCUCCGCUAAGCUUUUACCAGAUAGCCGCACACGAUGUGCACAGCAACGAUACGAUCGGUGGGAUCGAUUUCGAUCGAUGGUACGAGACGUCACUCUGGACCGGUGGCCGCGAACAUCAGGUGUACCGGGGUGGGUUACGUGCGCGUAAAAUGGUCUUCCGCGACACCAUCCACGGCAAUGGCACCAUCAACGGAGCAACGAUUGGCGACAUCGUACGGAAGCUACACACGGAGAAACAGCUUGUCGAGAGCGAACUGAGCAAGCGACGCUCAAACUAUCGUACGUCUUGCCGCGAAACGCAAGCCGUCAUCAACGGUACGCAGCAGGGUUUGUACUUCUUCAACUACUUCGUCCAACGCCAAACGAUCCGCGAACAGCAGCAACCUAUUCAGUCAUUCUGGACGUUCCAGCAGCAGGGAAAUUAUUUCCUUGCCAUCAACUUUGGCUGUGGUAGCAAGUUUUACCAGUGGAAUCCACAGGAUAGGGUGUUUGUUGGGCUGUUCCAGGUGCACACGGGAUACGUUUUCGAGUGGGCAUCGGUGCAGGACGAUGAGGAGAGUCUCCAUCUCAUCACGCGAUCAGCGCCAACCGAUGAGCGAUGUAACGUAACCGGUCUAUCGAUAUGGCAAUUUAAGGGACUCUCAUUAGAACUGGGCAAGAACUUCCCAACCAAGGACAUCGACAGUUUGCACGUAGAUCCUGCCACAUUGGGGCGGUUUUACGUGUUAGAUCGCACGUCCGUUCUUGAGUAUGAUCUAGCGGGCAACGUGCAGGAUGAAUGGGACCUAUCACGCAUCUUCGAAUCGGCUAGCUUCGCACCACACACGCUCGGCGUUGGGUUGGCUUUGUCCGAUGGAAAACAGAUCGCUGUUCUCUCCCGGAAGGAAACAACCGCCCCUUCUCGCAAGAAACGAUCGCACGACGAUGAUUCGCUCGUGAACCUAGCCUUGUUCGCUUCCCCAAUGAACGUGUACAAUCAUAUGCAACGGAACAGUUCCUACUAUCGCGUAGAUGAUACUCCCGACGAAUAUACACCGGAUGUGGCACUACUUACCGAACCGGACCCGUUGAACGAAAUUGGAUCGAUGCAGGAAAGCAACGAUACCGUCAUCAAAACUCGCGAACCCUCGACGGACCUUGUGGAACCGAGCAUCCACACGGCGAAUCCGGAACCACGUAUCGCAAAAGCCGUACCGCUCGGGCGUAUCAGCACUACGGAAAAUCAUCACUUUCCAGAUCCUGCUACCGGUGAGCUGCUUAGCUUGCAUGUUGGCUUUCAGGGACAGGCGAGGCGUCUGCUGGUCGCCGUCACGCAAACGGUGAACACCAUUGUCAAGGGUAAUCAUGACACCAUCCGGCUCUACAGUGACAUUCUGCAGGGUCACCUAUUUCAGAUCAUACCCUGUAACCGACCGUCCCAGCUUACGGUGCUAGAGAUCAGAGAUGAAACCAUAUUGGCAUUUUUGGAAAAUCAUCGCAAGGUACAGCUGUAUACGUACCGGGGCAGGAAAGGGUUCGUCCAUUGGAACAGUUUUAAUCUGGCGUCGGCCGGCGUUCAGAUGACCAGCGUGCAGUUACCGCAGGCACCAUUUUUCAAGUGUAAUCUGCACUAUCUGGCCAUUGCGCUGGCCAGCCGGGAGUUGAUGUUUCUCAAGGCCAAGACGCAGGGCGAUUGUGGCAUCAAUCUGCAGCUGGAUUGUGGAUCGGUGUAGCAUGCUGUGUGUGUGUUUUAGCUGGAGCGUUGAGUUCUAUUUAUGAGGAAUUUACAACGAAGCGAAUGUUGUAUUAGUGUAUGUUUAUGCUUUGUAGAUCUUUUUUUUUGAGUGUGCACGCAAAUAAACAGUAUUUUUGUUGUAUUGGUUUAAAA